GUGUUUUAAGGACGUGAAACUGACACAGUGACUGCCACUGAGAGGAGAAAUGGCAGAACAGGCAGUUCAGAUGGACCGAAACACCUUCGACUGUUCGAUCUGUCUGGAUCUACUGACCGAGCCGGUGACUAUUCCCUGUGGACACAGCUACUGUAUGAACUGCAUUGUGGGUCACUGGAAUGAAGGAGUCUACAGCUGCCCACAGUGCAGGAAAACGUUUACACCGAGGCCUGUUCUGGAGAAAAACAUCAUAUUAGCAGCUGCAGUGGAGCAACUGAGGAACAAUCGACACCAAGCUGCUGCUGCUUCUGCUGCUCCUGCUGAUCACCGCUAUGCUGGACCUGACGAUGUGGCCUGUGAUUUCUGCUCCGGAAGACAACUGAAAGCCAUCAAGUCCUGUUUAAUCUGUCAGGCCGCUUACUGUGAGGAACAUUUGGAGCCUCAUUAUGAAGAUUUCUAUCUAGAGAAUCACAUUCUGGUGGAGCCGGUCAAGAACCUCCAUCAGAACUCUUCUUCAGCAGAUAUCCUACAUGGUCUGUUAUGGCCUGAGGUUGAACUCUACACUGAUCACUGUAUUUUACUGUCAGAACCAGAACCAAAGACCAGAGUGGACUUCUUAAAAUAUUUACGAGAAAUCACACUGGACCCAAACACAGCACACCCUCAGCUGGUACUAUCGGAGGGGAACAGGAAGGUCACUUUUGCACGUCAACAGCAACAGUGCUUCAGUCACCCAGACAGAUUCACUGAAUGGUUUCAGGUUCUGAGCAGUGAGAGUCUGACUGGACGUUGCUACUGGGAGGUGGAGUGGAGAGGGAAGGGGGUUUCUGUAGCAGUCGCAUACAAGAACAUCAGCAGAACAGGAGGUGUGAAUGAAUGUGGAUUUGGACAUAAUGAUAAAUCCUGGGCUUUACUUUUUGACAUAAGUAGCAAUUCGUUUUGGUACAACAACAUCAAAACCCCCAUCUCAGGUCCAGUUUCCUCCAGAGUCGGAGUUUAUCUGGAUCACAGCGCAGGUGAGCUGUUCUUCUACAGCGUCUCUGAAUCCAUGACUUUGCUGCACAGAGUCCAGACCAGAUUCACUCAGCCGCUGCUGACUGGAGUUAGGAUGUACAACACGGCACUUUCUGCUGAGUUCUGUGAACCCAUAGAAACAUUAUUCACUUAAAUCUCAUCACUUUUAUUGUUGUUCGAUAUCAAAUGCACAGAAAUGAGUUUAUUCUGACAUUUAUGUGCGGACAGUUUUUUUUCUGUAUCCAUGUUGAAAAUAGUUAAACCAUCUGAUCAUUUUUGAUUUUGUUGAGCCCUGACACACAUGAAACAACAGAUAUUGUCUAAUUAAUCCUUCAGGCUGCUGACAGAUUUUGUUUGUAUUUCCUUUUAACUCAUGUAAAGCAAUUUGAAUUGCCUUGUUGCUGAAAAUGUGCUAUAUAAAUAAAAUUACCUUACCUUAGCUUACCUUA